AUGCGUCCAAUUCUUGUCGCUUCUCUUCUCAUCCUUCUCGGGGUCACCAAUGGAGCCGCCAUCUCCUACCCGCAUUCUGGCUCUCUUUUGCGCCGCACCGUUGGAACCGGCGAUACCGUCUGGACAGAUGUUUUCGCCAAGCCGGAGAAGAAAGACGACCACGACGACAAAGAAAUCGAGUACGAGGGAGCGCCGGUACAGGUGAAGAAGGAGAGUCAGUGGAAACGAGCUGACAUUCUUCCAUUCCCCAAGGACGAAAAGAAGGCGGAGGAAAAGAAGAAAGAAUGGAAGCGCGCGGAUAUCAUCCCUCCUAAGAAAGUUGAGAAGGAGGAGGAAAAGAAGAAAGAAUGGAAGCGGGCCGACAUCAUCCCUCCCAAGAAGGACGACAAAUAUGAACCACAGCCCGAGUCAACCAAGAAGGACGAACUAUUUGAAAUUUCUCCCGAACCUGUCAAGAAGGAAUGGAAGCGCGCCGAUAUUGUCCCGCCGAAGAAGGAUGACAAACAUGAGCCCGUGGUUGCGCUUGAGCCAACCAAGAAACAUGAAUAG